UUACCUAGAAUUUCCCAAAUAUAUACAAAAUAUGUUAAUCAUCAUAUUGUAAAACUUGAAAAGGGCAUUGUAAAUUGUUUACAUUUUAUGAAUAUUCGGUUUUGUGAAGACAAGCACUUGUUUAAAAAUGACACAUUCUCAAUUUUCGUUAACAUGGGAUUCUCAUAAAACUAAUAUUUGUGGGGGAUUUUGUGCUUUGCAACAGAAUGGAGAAUUUGUUGACAUGACUUUGGCAGCAGAUGGGCAUUUUGUUAAAGUGCACCAAGUUAUGAUAGCCCUUUCCAGCCCAUAUUUGAAGGAGUUAAUUACGUCAGUGCCUUCCACACAUCCAGUAAUAUUCCUCAAUAAUGUCUCUCAUUCUAUUCUUACAUUGUUACUGGAAUAUAUAUACACAGGGGAGGUAAUGGUUCCACCAGCAAGCUUAACAGCAUUUAUGGAUGCUGGAAAAUCACUUCAAAUUAAAGGCCUUGAAACUAUUCAAAAUGAAAAAAAUUCAAAUGUAGCUCAGACUAGUGAACCUAGCUAUGAUACUCCUGGUUCUGCAAAACGAAUGAAAACUGAACAUUUUGUACAACAGGUCUCAAGGUUGCCUAUUAUAAACAGAAAUCUAUCUAUAAAACCAGAAAGCAGUCCAGCUUCAGGGAAAAUUAAUAUAAAUAAAUCAAUGGAUAGAGAUGACGAUAAUGAUUAUUCCAUAGGAUUUGAAACACAUGAAGAUUCUGUCUGUGAGGAUUCACAAGAAGUUAACAAACCUAAUGACAUUGAAGUUAAAUCAUCAAAUCUACAAUUCACUGUAUCAAUUCGUGGAGCCUUGCAAGUUAUCUUGAACAGGUAUAUUUAUAAUCUCCAAUCAACACAAAAUUCGGGCGUGAAGCGAUGGCGGUGCAUUGACUACAGAAACAUCAAGUGCAUGGCUUCUCUUGUCACAAAGGACAAUGUUGUGUUAAAUCGAUCGAAUCCCCACAAUCACAGUUUCCACGACAAGAAAAUACUUCAAAAGAUCGAGAAAAACUCUGUUUACUCAGCCCUGUAUGAAUUAGAAGCACAACAAGAGAAAGAAAGAGAAAAGCAGGACGAGGAGGAAGAAGAAAAUAUAGAGUUUAUAACUAGUGAAAUUGUUGGAGAUCUGCCUGAUUUAGCAGAUGUUUCUAAAAACAAUUAGCUAGUUAAAAACUUAACAAUUAUGCAUUAGUAAUUAAAGGUGUUUUAUCAAUAAUAUCAUUGUUACAUUAUCAGUUUUUAAAACAUUAUUUUACAUAAAUAUGAUUUUAUUUUUUCUUCCUAGUAUAGGUAUUGUAAAUGGAAAAAGAUAAAAUAAAACAUUUUUCCUU